AUGGCCGCUGCGGUCGGGGACGGCGCGGUGAAACCGCUUCAAUGCGCCAUGAAGCUGGCCAACGGGGCCAUCGAGCUGGACACCGGCAACCGGCCCCGGGAGGCAUAUACAGAAUACCUGAGGAGCGUCCACUACAUCUCCCAGGUGCUGCUAGAAGAAGUGGAGACCUCCAAAGAAGCUGGGGAAACUGUGACCCCUGACACCUCGAAGAUGCUGAAGCUGGCUGAGCAGUGUCUGGAGAGGGCCCAGUCGACAGCUGCCAAGCUUGGGAAAACAUGCCUGAGGCCAGCCAUGCCUGUGGCUGCCCCCAUCCCCUCUCCUACCAGCCGACACCGCCGGGUGUACUCAGAUGAGGGAGGGAAGCUCUCUCCAUUUCUGCCGCCUGAGAUCUUCCAGAAGCUUCAGGCUGUAGAGUCACAAAGCUCUAAGAAGGAGCUGACACCCUUGGAGGAGGCCUCCCUACAGAAUCAGAAGCUGAAGGCUGCCUAUGAGGCCCGGAUGGCCCGUCUAGACCCCAGCCAGGCCAUGCAGAAGACAUCCCUGACCCUGUCCCUGCAGCGGCAGAUGAUGGAGAACCUGGUGAUCGCUAAAGCCCGGGAGAAGACGCUGCAGAGGAAGAUGGAGGAGCGCCGGCUGCGGCUCCAGGAGGCCGCCAACAGGAGGUUCUGCAGCCAGGUUGCCCUGACCCCCGAGGACCGGGAGCAGCGGGCCCUCUACGCCGCCAUCCUCGAGUACGAGCAAGACCACGACUGGCCAAAGCGCUGGAAGGCCAAGCUCAAGAGGAGCCCAGGGGACCUGUCCCUGGUGACCAGCCUGGUCUCCCACCUGCUCAGGCUGCUGGCUCCUGGAAGCCGGCGGCUCCGGCCCUCUCAGAGCCUCUACUGCAUGCCCUCCCCCCCGGAGCCCAGCCCAGACCAAAGGCCCACAGACGGCACCUCCGCCAGCGCCCCCAUCCCCCCACCCCACCCCGGCAACCCGGACAGAGGGGCAGACGGCAGCCCGGCGGGGCCUCCCUCACCCCUGGCGGACACUUCAUCCGACCUGCCGGGCAAGGACAGCCCCUUCGGGGACCUGGAACAGUUCUUGGCGGCUACUGAGAGGAGGGGCCGGGGCCCUGGGGGGCGGCCGGAGCCCCAGCCCCCAGGGGUGAGGAAGGAGCCGUUGCUGGAGCAGCUGAAGGGCACACGACGCCAUCGGGCUCUAGACAGGCUGCUGUCGCUGACGCUCCUGGCUUUCGAAGGCCUGAACACGGCCGCCUCCAAGGACCGCUGCCUGGCCUGCAUCGAGGAGCCCUUCUUCUCCCCGCUGUGGCCCCUGCUGCUGGCCGUGUACAGGAGCGUUUACCGCCUGCGGGAGGCCGCCCUGAGUAGGAGCAUGGAGCUGUACGGGAACGCGCCCCCGGCGGCCGUCGGCGUCCCCACCAGGCUCCUCCCCCGGGACCCCGAGGCCACGGCAGGCGGCGCCUACCCCUACUGUGCUGCCGCCCAGGAGCUAGGGCUGCUGGUCCUGGAGAGCUGCCCCCAGAAGAAGCUGGAGUGCAUUGUGCGGGCCCUGCGGGUCACCUGUGCCUGCGCGGAGGACUACUCCCGGGCUCGCGAGGCUGCACCCCAGCCGGGCAUCGCCGCCAUUGGCGCCGACGACCUGCUGCCCAUCCUGUCCUUUGUGGCGCUGAGGAGUGGCCUCCCCCAGCUGGUGUCGGAGUGUGCAGCCCUGGAGGAGUUCAUCCACGAGAGGUACCUGAUCGGAGAGGAGGGUUACUGCCUGACGUCACUGCAGAGCGCCCUGAGCUACGUGGAGCUGCUGCCCCGGCGGGCCCUGGGCAAGUAG